UUCGCACGGUCCAAUGAGGGAGGGCGGCGUGGCCCGGCCUUGUAGCGACGGUGAUGCGCCUGCGCAAAGGCGGCAGCACGACUGGGGUUGACUCCGGGGGCGCGGCGAGGAGAGACAUGAGGCUGAGCUGGGUCCUGGCAGUACUGUCCAUCUGCCUGAGCGCUCUGGCCACGGCCGCCGGGGCCGAGGGCAAACGGAAGCUGCAGAUCGGGGUCAAGAAGAGGGUGGACCACUGCCCCAUCAAAUCACGCAAGGGGGACGUCUUGCACAUGCAUUACACGGGGAAGCUGGAAGAUGGGACGGAGUUUGACAGCAGCUUGCCCCAGAACCAGCCUUUUGUCUUCUCCCUCGGCACUGGCCAGGUCAUCAAGGGCUGGGACCAGGGGCUGCUGGGGAUGUGCGAGGGGGAAAAGCGGAAGCUGGUGAUUCCAUCAGAGCUGGGGUAUGGAGAGCGGGGAGCACCCCCAAAGAUUCCAGGUGGUGCGACCCUGGUGUUCGAGGUGGAGCUGCUCAAAAUCGAGCGACGUUCAGAACUGUAGCCAAACUGGGGAGGGGCAGGACCCAGAGGCCCCCAGCAGGGACCAGACUGUUUCAAAACAAAACAAAAAAUCCUUAAAAGCUAAAGGAGUGAGCCUGUGUUUGUUUGUGGGCCCUGAGUUAGAGCCCACGGGCUCGGCCUUCCCUUUCUCUCAGCAUCCCCCCUUUCUCUGUUCAUGGCUCUAGAGCCUUGGCAUCUAGGCUUAGUGGCAUGGGGUCACCACAGCCAGGCUCAGGGUGGCAGGGUGGCCCAUGUCUGGAGAGAAGGGAGUGCUCCUGCCUGCUGACAGCAACACCGCUCCCCCCGCCCCCACCUCCCCAGCCACUUCCAGCUUGUGGUCUGGGAGCCAGCCCUGGGCUAUUGCCAUGGCUACUUGGCCCUCAGGAAGGCCCAAGGUCACCUGGGGAGCAGCUGAGCUGACAGCAAUUGGAGAGCAGUGUGUGCCCCCUAAAAGAGACCAGCAGAGCCUGGAAGCUGCAUCAAAGGCAUAUCCUAGUUUUAUUAAAGGGCCCGCGCCGCAGAGUCAAUAUAAAAACACAAAAAGUCGCAUCAGUUUAAUAACAAUAAAAAACCCCAAAAAAUGGAAAA